GCAGUGAGUGGUGCCCGCCGCGCUGCCUUGAACCGAUGCCACACUCAGCCACUCGUCCGUGCCCGUGCUGAACCAUUAAUAUCGAGUGUCUGCCAGAACACUCGAGGCCGACCCAAGUCUUCUCCCGUCCCGCCCUUGGCCUUGGAGCGGCGUCUUGCUGAGCCUCACCUGCGUACCUGCCUCACCUGUGCUCCCCAGCCACAGGCGACGAGACCCGUCCCAAUGACAGCCAUGAUGGAAACACUGCGCUUCGCCGGGGACGAUGACGAAGACCUCUACUCAGGCUUCGACACCGUGCACCCGGCCCUCGACACGACCCAACUGGAGAGCGAUCCGGGUUUCCAGGAAGCUGUCCGCACCAGCCAUGGACGACGCCCCCCGACGCAGAGUCGGGCGCCCCCCACCGGCCUGCGCCUCACCUCGGCCGCCGUCCCCCGCCUCGGCACGUCGCAGCAGGGCCCCGGGGUGUCGCUGCACAGUUCCAUGGGACAGACGGCGGGCGGCGGGAGCUCCAGUGACGGGCUGCGGCGGCCAAUGACCAGCAUGAGAGGCACAGGCUAUACAUCUCACGGCAGCUCGUUUGAUCCCCUCCACCAAGCCAGUAGGGGUCCCGCACCUCCCCUUAUCUCAAAGUCGGAGGAAAGUCCCGAAGAAAAAAUCAAGUCCCUGGAGCGGCGGGUGAUGGGGCUCAUUGAAGAAUCGUGCCUGGCGGCUUCGCGUGGGGAGGUGCGCCUGGCCCUCGACCGUGCCAAGGAGGCCUCCAGCAAGGAGCGUUCCCUCAUCAGGCAGCGGGAACAAGCGGGCCUGUCGGACGGCCACAACCUCGACCUCACCUUCUCUGUCCUCUUCAACCUGGCGAACCAGUACGCUGCUAAUGACAUGUACACGGAGGCCCUCAACACCUACCAGGUCAUCACCAAGGACCGUAUGUUCAACAACUCCGGGCGGCUGCGCGUCAACAUGGGCAACAUCCACUACAGGAUGGGCCAGUACAGCAAGGCCAUCAAGUUCUACCGCAUGGCUCUCGACCAGGUGCCCAACACACACAAGAGUAUGAGGAUCAAGAUCAUGCACAACAUUGGCUUGGUGUUCGUACGGAUGGGCCAGUACUCCGAGGCCUGUACCAGCUUCGAGUACAUCAUGCAGGAGGAGGCCAACUUCAAAACAGGUCUGGACUUGGUCACGGCUUACUACGCCCUUGGGGAUAAGGAGAAGAUGAAAAAAGGGUUUCUACGUCUGCUGGAGUGUCAACUGGACAUUGAUGACGAUGAGAAAUACACAACAUCAUCAGAUGACACUCAGGCCAACCUCAUUUUGGAAGUAAUUCGCAAUGAUCCUCUGCGCAAGAUGGAGCGCCAGAUGAAGCAAGAGGCAGAGCGCUCCAUCCUGACCGCUGCCAAGCUGAUCUCACCAGUGAUUGAGAAUAAUUUCAGUGAUGGCUACAACUGGUGUGUUGAUGCUAUUAAGAACUCCCAGUAUGCUGACCUGGCCAAUGACCUGGAGAUCAACAAGGCUGUCAUGUACCUGAGACAGAAGAAUUUCAAGGAUGCAGUUGAGACUCUGAAGAUGUUUGAGAAGAAGGAGACUAAAGUAGCGAGCACAGCAGCCACUAAUCUCUCCUUCCUCUACUUUCUGCAAAAUGAGACAGACCUGGCGGAGAACUACGCCCAGAUGGCCCGAGACGCUAAUGGUUACAAUGAUUCAGCGCUUGUAAACCUCGGGAACUGCUGCUACAAACGAGAGGACUUUGAGAAGGCUCGGGAACACUACAUUGCUGCCUUGGACAUUGAUGCGUCCUGUGUGGAAGCCUUAUAUAACCUUGGUCUGACCAACAAGAAACUUCAUAAUUACGAGCAUGCGCUGGAUUCCCUUCUCAAGAUGCACGCCAUAGUUCGCAAUUACCCUCCCGUUGUCUACCAGAUCGCCCACCUCUACCAGCUGCUGGAGGACAACGACCAGGCAUCAGAGUGGUACCUGCAGCUGCUGGGUCUGGUGCCCACUGAUCCACACAUCCACCAACGGUUGGGCCAGAUCUUUGACUCAGAGGGAGACAAACAACAAGCUUAUCAAUACUACUUUGAUUCAUAUCGCUACUUUCCAAGCAACUUGGAGGUUAUAGAUUGGCUGGGCUCUUACUUCAUUGAACAUCAAGUGGCGGAAAAGGCCAUCAGCUACUUCGAGCGAGCAGCCCUCAUGCAGCCUGACGAGCCCAAGUGGCAGCUCAUGGUGGCGGCCUGCCACCGCCGCUCCGGCAACUACCAACAGGCGCUGCAAACAUACAAGCAGAUCAAUCGACGGUUUCCAGAAAAUGUCGAAUGUCUCAAGCUGCUCAUAAGACUGAGUAACGACCUUGGUCUUAAAGAAGCUGCAGAGUACGCCAUGGAGCUGAAGAAGGUGGAGCGGGCACAGGAGCAGCGGGACAUCCGGGCCAGCAGCUCUCGCCCAGGCUCACGCAGAUCCUCCUCCCGUGCCUCCCGCGCCGGCUCAGCUGUCUCGGGUCACGAGGAAUAUGGAGUUUUAACUCCUAAGAGUCCGGGUCCCAGGCGGAGUGCCAGGAGUGCCAGGAGUGCCAGGAGUGCUCGCAGCAUCCCCGACUCUGCCAUCAGUGGGAGGGCAACGCGGCUGUCCCUCAAUGACCUGGACGAGAGUGAGCCGUAUAUUCCAUCCAACAAGGAAGUUGACAGCAGCUAUGUUGACCCUCUCGGGCCCCUUCAGGAGCGCCCGAAGACAAGCCUCCGCAGGAAACAGGAUGAAGAUGAAUUUGCUGAUGAGGACAUUGGAGAAGACCUUUUGCCGGAGUAAAGACAUUGCUCUUUUGAAGACAGGCUUUGAUGAUCAUGUCAUGAAGGUGGCGGCGUUAAGGAAAGUUAUUUCAUUUAGGAAUGAAACACCAGUGUAGCACAAGUUCGACUUCACAUAUCAAUACUUAUUCAUAUACACUUGAGGAGUAGUAGCUAGCAAAUUGGCAUGUUUAAUAAUAAUAAAUAUGAACCUCGCUAUGUACCGUAUUUCCAAAUUCCUUUCAAGAAGAUCUAUUUUCGCUGUGAUAGACGGUCAAUAUUCUACUCCGGAAACUAAGAGUAUAAACAGUGGUGUUCCGCAGGGCUCUGUUCUAUUACUCACUACAUAUAUUUGCCAAUUGAUAAUAUAAUCUUUAAAAUAAGCCCUACCCAUUUUAUACGCCGAUGACUCUACUCUGCAUUAUUCUACUUUAUUCAACAAGAGACCAAUUCAAUAUGAACUAUAUAACUCAAGGAUGGAUACUACUGAGCGCUUAACCUCUGACUUUUUUUUUUUUUUUAAUGGGUGAGAAGGAACUUCGUGUCCCUUAAUGAAUCAGAAACUCAACUUCUCCACCUGGUAAUUCGUUAGAAUCUUCCAGACAUGUAUUCUCUAUUUUUUUUUAUAUAGCACUCAGCUGUCCCCUUCUACAUUAGACAUUUUCGGUUAAUACAUAACUCAAAAUUUCAGCUGGAAACUUCACGUGUCAUUUACUGUUAAAUUGGUUUCCUUGAGGUUAGGCGUUUUGUAUCCUAUCCUAAAAGCUCACCAUAUACACAGCAGACGUUUUUUUCCCCUUUUCUGUGAAAAAAAAGUUAUGUAUGCAUCCAUUGCAACCUGUGUGUCUCUGUGUGUGUGUGUGUGUGUGUGUGUGUGUGUGUGUGUGUGUGUAAUUCACCACCAUGGCCUGAUCACGUUUUGGACUCGUAAUCGCCAGCAGGUACCGUCCCGACAUGGGCAAGUGCUCUUUAUCGUCAAUCUCUGGGUACUGCCAGGACCUCACACAGCACACACCUCAUCCCCCUUGCUGAAGGGGAGAUAGAAACCACUCCUAGUCAACGGAAAGAAUCCGGCCAGAGCGGGCUCGAACCGCCGCCCUGUCAGACCGCGAAGCCUGGCAGCGCAGCUCUCUAACUAACCAGUUGCGCCAUGGAGUGGUGAGAGUGUGUGUGUGUGUGUGUGUGUGUGUGUGUGAGGAGGGGUGAGUCCACGCACACAACCAUUUUGGACAGAAUAUAGUCAUGGGUUUCCCCCUCAACAGCUCCCCUGCCACCUCUUGAAUCCCUCUGCAGUGUUUCAUCUUUAUCAUCUGUCGAUACUGUGCUGCUAGUUACUCUUUUGAACUAUCUAACAGCAUGGCCCCGCCCCUCCCACGGCCCCGCUGCGUACGACUUUCUACUCUAGCUCAUUCAUAUGCUGUCCAAAUUUCUAAUUCCUUUCACUGGUAAACACAGAAAGUCUCCCUCAAUCUGUAUUUGAUCCUUCCUACAACUUGAACGCU